UGAAUUCAUAACUUGUACAGUACUUUGUGCUUUCAAAUUAUUUCCAUCGAAAAAGAGAGAGAUCAGGAAAAUCAAUCAUCGACGUGGACUACAGUUGAGGGAUUUGGUUCUCUUGGCUGUGAUUUCAUUUUUAACAGAAGACCAGGAAGAAUGGCGGACCAAGAUACCAAGGAGAUGCCUGAGAGAAGACUAGUACUGAUUGGUGCUCGACGAGACGGUAAAAGCUCAUCUGCCAACACAAUAUUGAGAAAGGAAUGGUUCAAAUCUGGGCGAAUUCGAACAGCUUACUCCGAAGCCAGACAUGAAAUUGUCGAAAACCGGAACCUGGUGGUGGUGGUGGACACUCCGGGAUGGAAGUACUCCACUUCCCUCAGUGAGAUUUCAGAGAGAGACAAGCAACAAUUACAGCUUGGUGCCUCCAAGUGUCCACCUGGACCGCAUGCCUUCCUCCUUGUCAUACCCACCGAUUCCAGCUUCACUCAAAAACAGAGAAGGGCGGUGCAAGAACACAUGAAGCUGCUGGAGGAUCGGGCGUGGAGUUACACCAUGGUGCUGUUCACCUUUGGAGACUACCUGGGCAAGAGGACCAUUGAGGAGCACAUUGAAAGCGAGGGUGAAGCGCUCACCUGGCUGAUCGAAAAGUGUCAAAACAGGUAUCACGUGUUCAACAACACGGACAAGAGCAACUCGUCCCAGGUCAUCGAGCUGAUGGAGAAGAUUGACGACAUGGUCGAUGAAAAUGGCAACGGCUACUACAUGCUAGACAACCAGAUGAUCGACACCAUUAGGAAGAAGCAGGAAGAAGUGGCUCAGAAGGCCGAACAGAGAUUGAGACGUGUCUCAGAACAAAGACAGGAAAUGAAAAUGGUCCUUUCGGAAAUGGAGCCCAUCCAGGCACUUCGUAUUAUUCUCCUGGGCAGCUGCUUCUUUGGGAAAACCUUCUUAAAGAACACCAUCUUUGGAAUCAAAGAACAAGUAGAAGAAACAACAGUGCUUUCUCAUGCCCAGAAGGCCAUUGUGGGCAGUACCGAAAUAACAGUUGUGGAUACGCCGAGUUGGCGCAAAGGCUUCUCUGCAGGCAACACACCAGAAAUCAUCAAGGACGAGCUACUGCACAGCUUGUUGAAGUGCCCCCCUGGGCCUCACGUCUUCUUGCUGGUGAUCGACGCAGAUGCCUCGUUUAACGCCCAGCACCUGAAAGCAGCCACCACUCACGUGGAGCUGCUCGGGGAGAGUGUGUGGAACCACACAAUGGUGGUGUUCACCCGAGGAGACUGGGUGGGCUCACGCAGCAUUGAAGAAUACAUUGAGUGCGAGGGGAAUGCCCUGCAGUGUCUCGUGGAGCGAUGCGGGAACAGAUAUCACGUCCUGGACAACAUGAACGAAGACGACAGCAGUCAGGUUGACGAUCUACUGGAGAAAAUCACCCUGACUCUGGCAGGGAAUGGGUGGCAACAUUUUACACCCAAUCAGAAGAUGCUGGACACCCUGAUGAAGAAAAAAAAAAGAGUGGAAAACGCUGCUCGACUGAGAAGUCAAGUCAAGGCCACCAGAGCAGAGAAAGGUCCUGCCAAAAAGUUGAAAGAGCUGAGAAUUUUGAUACUUGGUGAAAAGUUGUCAGGAAAGACAACAGCAGGAAAUUGCCUCCUGCGGGGCAAAGUGUUCCCCGCCCAACCGAAUGACGGCUGCAUGGCCUGGAAAGCACAGGUUGCUGACAUGCAAGUCACAGUGGUCGAUACCCCGGGCUGGUGUAGUGAGUCCGACUGCACUCGGCAACAGGACCGAGAAAUCGUCCGGGGUCUGACCCUGAGCCCUCAGGGGUUCGACGCUGUUCUGAUUGUGAUUUCCUUGGAUUUCAAAUUCGACCAGGUCAGUCUGGACACCCUGCAGGAUCACAUCAAGCUCUUUGGCGACAGCAUCUGGAACCACACAAUGCUUCUGUUCACAAACCAAGACACUUUGGGAGACAGAUCCCUGGAGGAGUUUAUCGAGGGGGAAGACAGACCACUUCGAUGGUUGGUCGACAAGUGUGGAAACACCUACCACUGUCUGCAUGUCACAGAUCAAACCGACAUUAGUCAGCACUACGAGCUGUUUGAAAAGAUAGAGGGCAUGUCAGCAAAGAAUCAGGGCCGCCUGUUCCGCCCCGACAUGAAAGACGUCGACCUGAGGCUCCAUGAAAAGUUCCAGAGGAGGAUAAUCAAAAAAGCUCUUCAACAUAAGAUAGAGCAGGCUGUCAGAAGACGAGAGCUGGAGCUGUUUCAGGACCACAAGAACAAUCUUGAGAAGCUGGAACAGGACAUAAAAGAGAUGACUUCUUCUACAUUGACACUGAGUAAGUACUAUUAAGGGUGAAUUCCAUGAUUGAUCAUCUGCAUAUUCCUUGGUUUCACGUUUGCUCUUCAUAAAGCCACAGGUAGCAAGAGCAGAACCAAGAAGAAAUCUGUACUGUCAGAUAUCGAGAACCAGAUCCAAGGCCUGAAUGCGAACAUUAUGAAGUCAAUGGGUCAACUUCGGAGCAGCAUGGACUUUGGAGUCCCGAGCAUGAGUGGAUCCACCCAAUACAUGGAUGAAUUUCAG